AUGCUCCGCGUCUUCGUCCUGCGGGCCGAAAAUGUCCUCACAGGCGACAGCGACAUCAGCGACACCUACUGCUCCUCCACAUUCCAAGGUGUCAAGAAGAGGACAAAGGUCAUCAAGAACAAUGUGAAUCCUGUCUGGAAUGAGGGAUUUGAGUGGGAUCUGAAGGGAGUCCCUCUGGAUCCCGAUGCCGAGCUCACCGUGGUGGUCAAGGACCAUGAAACCAUGGGAAGAAACAGGUUUUUGGGAGAAUCCCGGGUGCCGCUCCGGGAUGUUCUGGGCUCUCCCAGCCUGGCGGCCUCGUUCAGCCUCCCCCUGCUGGACUCGCGCAAGGAGAGCACCGGGGCCUGCCUGUUCCUGCAGGUUUCCUACCUCCCUCCUCCGGGGGCUCUCCCGCUUUUCCCGGCUCCGGCCCCUCCGGAUCCGGCCCCGGCUGCAGCCGAGCUGGACACGGUCACGGAGGCGGCCGGCGAGGAGGACACGGAGGAUCCGGAGGCCGCGGGGGACACGGAGCCCUCGGCGUCCCCGGGAGCGCCGGGCUCGGAGCCGCCCUCGCUGCCGAGGAAAGCGCCCGGGAUCGACUUCCAGGGGAUGAAGAGGAGGAGGAGGAGCUCUCCCAAAAAACCGUUAUCCAACAAACCGCAGGAUUUCCAGAUCCGGGUGAAGGUCAUCGAGGCCCGGCAGCUUCCCGGGAUUCAGAUCCGGCCGGUGGUGAAGGUGACGGUGGCCGGACAAACGCGGAGAACACGGAUCCGGAAAGGGAACAGCCCCUUCUUCGAUGAGACUUUUUUCUUCAAUGUCUUCGAGUCCCCAUCGGAGCUGUUCGAUGCUCCCAUUUUCCUCACGGUCGUGGAUUCUCGAUCGUUCCGCACGGAUUCGGUGAUCGGGGAAUUCCGGAUGGAUGUGGAGACCGUUUACUCCGAGCCAAAGCACGCUUUCCGCAGGAAGUGGCUGCUCCUCUCGGAUCCGGAGGAUUUUUCCGCGGGAGCCAAGGGCUACCUGAAGGUCAGCGCCUGCGUGCUGGGGCCUGGAGACGAAGCUCCUCUGGAGAAGAAGGAGGCGGCCGAGGACAAGGAGGACAUCGAGGCCAACCUGCUGCGCCCCACUGGGGUCACCCUCCGGGGGGCCCAGUUCUGCCUCAAGAUCUUCAAAGCCGAGGAUUUGCCCCAGAUGGAUGACGCCGUCAUGGACAACGUCCGGCAGAUCUUCGGCUUCGAGAGCAACAAGAAGAACCUGGUGGAUCCCUUCGUGGAAGUCAGCUUUGCUGGGAAAACGCUCUACUCCCGGAUCCUGGAGAAAAACGCCAACCCCCAGUGGAACCAGUGCCUGACGCUGCCGGCCAUGUUCCCUUCCAUGUGCGAGCGGAUGAGGAUCCGUGUGACCGACUGGGACCGUCUGACGCACAAUGACGUCAUCGGCACCGCUUUCCUGGGAAUGUCCAAGAUUUCGGCCCCUGGCGGGGAGCUGGAGGAUGAGUUUCCUGCUCCUGCGAAGCCUCUGAAUCCCUCGGACCUGGAUGACGGGCUGGGAUUCCUGCCGACCUUCGGGCCCUGCUACAUCAACCUGUACGGCAGCCCCCGGGAAUUCACCGGAUUUCCCGAUCCCUACGAGACGCUCAAUUUGGGAAAGGGCGAGGGGGUCGCGUAUCGGGGCCGGAUCCUGGUGGAGCUGGAGACCAAACUGGUGGAGCACAUGGAGCAGAAGGUGGAGGAGAUUCCUGCGGAUGACAUCCUGAGGGUGGAGAAAUACCUGCGCCGACGGAAAUAUUCCCUCUUUGCCGCCUUCUACUCGGCCACGAUGCUCCAGGGCGUGGACGGCGCCGUCCAGUUCGAGGUCAGCAUCGGGAAUUACGGCAACAAGUUCGACAACACCUGCCUGCCCCUGGCCUCCACCACCCAGUACAGCCGGGCCGUCUUCGAUGGUGCGCGGCACGGAUUCCGUCCUUCGGGAUGAUCCAAACCCGGCUGGUGGGAGAGAAUCCUGGAAUCGUGGAAUGGUUUGGGUUGGGAGGGGCUUGAAGGUUGUUCAGAAGCAAACCUGGAGAAGAUCCAGGUGGCCCUGAAAUCCAAUCGCUCUCCCAUCGAGCUGGAGGCCCUGGGAUCCCAACUGCUCGAUGAUGUCAUCGCUGACUGCAGCCUGAAGCUUCCCGAUGUCCUGGCGAAGGCGUCCAGCACCCACCUGGAUCAGAACCUCUUCCGCUUCCGGAGCACCCACCUGGAGCAGAUCCUGAAGGUGGCCCUGAGGCUCAAGCACGACAAUUCCGGCCUUUCCCAAAUCCUGGAUCAGGCGGAGGAUUGGCUGUGCCGGCUCCGGGCCAUGGCGGAGGAGCCCCAGAACAGCCUCCCAGACAUCGUCAUCUGGAUGCUCCAGGGGGACAAACGCGUGGCCUACGCCCGUGUCCCGGCCCACCAGGUCCUGUAUUCCCGGAACAUUUCCAACUGCUGCGGCCGGAACUGUGGGAAGCUCCAGACCAUCUUCCUCAAGUACCCGCAGGAGGAGGCGAUGGGGCCGCGGAUCCCGGCGCAGAUCCGGGUGAGGCUCUGGUUUGGAUUGGCCGUGGAUGAGAAGGAAUUCAACCAAUUUGCCGAGGGAAAACUCUCCGUCUUUGCUGAAACCUACGAGAACCAGACCAAGCUGGCGCUGGUGGGGAACUGGGGCACCACCGGCCUCACUUAUCCCAAAUAUUCCGACGUCACCGGCCGGAUCAAACUUCCCAAGGACAGCUUCCGGCCUUCUGCAGGAUGGACCUGGGCCGGGGAUUGGUUCGUCUGCCCAGAAAAGACGUUGUUGCACGACGUGGACGCCGGACACCUGAGCUUCGUGGAGGAGGUGUUUGAGAACCAGGUCCGGCUUCCCGGGGGGCAGUGGAUCCACAUGACCGAUUCCUACACGGACGUGAACGGGGAGAAGGUCCUGCCCAAGGAGGAGAUUGAGUGUCCUCCAGGCUGGAAGUGGGAGGAUGUGGAAUGGGACACGGAUCUCAACAGGGCUGUGGACGAGAAAGGUUGGGAAUACGGGAUCACGAUCCCGCCGGAGCGCAAGCCCAAGGCCUGGGUGCCGGCGGAGAAGAUGUUCCACACGCACCGGCGCCGGCGCUGGGUGCGGCUCCGCCGGCGCGACCUGGAGCACAUGGAAACCAUGAGAAAGCACAAGCAAGAGGAGCUGGAUGGGGAUGGUUGGGAAUACGCUUCCCUCUUUGGCUGGCGCUUCCACCUCCAGCAGCGCCGCUCCGACUCCUUCCGCCGGCGCCGCUGGAGACGCCGGAUGGAGCCUCUGGAACUCACCGGCCCUGCCGCAGUCUUCGCCUUGGAAGGGGCUCUGGGAGGAGUGACAGAUGACAAGAGCGACGAUGGAAAAUCCGAUGGAAAAUCCGCAUCCACCCUGAGUUUCGGAGUGAACAGACCCACGAUCUCCUGCAUUUUUGACUCCGGGAACCGAUUCCACCUGCGCUGUUACCUGUACCAGGCACGGGAUCUCAUGGCCAUGGACAAGGACAGCUUCUCUGAUCCCUACGCCAUCGUGUCCUUCCUGCACCAGAGCCAGAAGACGGUGGUGGAGAAGAACACCCUGAAUCCCACCUGGGAUCAGACCCUGAUCUUCUACGAGAUCGAGAUUUUUGGGAAUUCUCGGGACGUGGCCGAGUCCCCUCCCAAUAUCCUGGUGGAAAUCUAUGACCACGACACCUACGGCGCGGAUGAAUUCAUGGGGCGCUGCAUCUGCCGGCCCAGCCUGGAGCGCUCGCCCCGGCUUUCCUGGUAUCCCGUCCUCAAAUCCGGUCGGAAUGUCGGCGAGCUCCUGGCUGCCUUCGAGCUGAUCCAGAGGGAAAAGCCGGCUGUGCAUCACAUCCCUGGAUUUGAGAGUGAUCUCUCCUCCAGCCUGGAUGAGUCUGCGGAUUCCGACCUUCCCUAUCCGCCGCCGCAGCGGGAGCCCAACGUCUACAUGGUCCCGCAGGGAAUCAAACCCGUCCUGCAGCGCACGGCCAUCGAGAUCCUGGCCUGGGGGCUGAGGAAUCUCAAGAGUUUCCAGCUGGCCAGCGUGACCUCGCCCAGCCUGCUGGUGGAGUGCGGGGGCCAGCGCGUCCAGUCCGGCGUCAUCAAGAACGUCAAGAAGAACCCCAACUUCGACGUCUGCGUGCUCUUCAUGGAAGUGCGUCUGCCCAAGGAGAGCCUCUACAGCCCCCCCAUCAUCCUGAAGAUCAUCGACAACCGCCCCUUUGGCCGGAGACCCGUGGUGGGACAGUGCACCAUCCGCUCCCUCCAGGAAUUCUACUGGGAUCCCUUCCAGCAGGACACGGGGGCGCCCCAGGAGCAGCCAGAUGACGUCAGCCUCACGCCCAGGGACGACGUCCUCAUCGACAUCGAUGACAAAGAGCCCCUGAUCCCCAUCCAGCUUUCCGAGGGUUUGACGAGCUCAGCACUAAUUAACAUCCCGGAUUCCCGGGCCCCGCCUCAUGAGGAGGAAUUCAUCGACUGGUGGAGCAAAUUUUACGCUUCCACGGGAGAGAGGGAAAAAUGUGGAUAUUACUUGGAAAAGGGAUUUGACACCUUGAAGGUCUACGAGACAGAGCUGGAAAACGUUGAGGAAUUUGAGCAUCUCUCCGACUUCUGCCACACCUUCAAGCUGUUCCGGGGGAGAUCCCAGGAUUCCAGCGAUGACCCCUCGGUGGUGGGGGAAUUCAAGGUGGGAUGGCUUUCCAAAUGGAUGCUGAAUUCCCAGAAUCAUUUUAUUUGGGAGAGGGAUGGGGUUUGGAACAACCUAUGGAAAAGGAUGGGGCUGGAAUUCCAUUUUUGGGUUUUUUGUGUUUCUUUCCGUGCCCACCUCCAGUGUGAUCCCUACGUGAAGAUUUCUGUGGGAAAGAAAUCCAUCAAUGACCAGGAAAAUUACCUUCCCUGCACUCUGGAGCCUGUCUUUGGGAAGAUGUUCGAGCUGAGCUGCACCCUGCCCCUGGAGAAGGACCUCAAGGUCACCCUCUACGACUACGACCUGCUGUCCAAGGACGAGAAGAUCGGCGAGACCGUCAUCGACCUGGAGAAUCGCUUCCUGUCCAAAUUCGGGGCUCGCUGCGGCCUCCCCCAGACCUACUGCGUCUCCGGCCCCAACCAGUGGCGAGACCAACUCCGCCCUUCCCAGCUGCUCCACCUCUUCUCCCUGCAGCACAACUACAAAGCUCCCACCUACAAAUCUGACCGGAUCAUUUUCCGGGAUCAGGAAUACGUCCUCUCCGAGCUGGAGGAUGGAAAACCCCCGAAUCCGCACCUGGGGCCGGUGGAGGAGCGGCUCGCGCUGGCCGCCCUCCAGAAGCAGGGAUUGGUUCCGGAGCACGUGGAGACCCGGCGCCUUUACAGCCCCCUCCAGCCCGACAUCGAGCAGGGAAAGCUCCAGAUGUGGGUGGAUCUCUUUCCCAAAUCCCUGGGACAUCCCGGCCCCCCUUUCAACGUCACUCCACGCAAAGCCAAGAGGUUCUACCUGCGCUGCAUCAUCUGGAACACCAAGGAUGUGAUCCUGGAUGACCUCAGCAUCACCGGGGAGAAGAUGAGCGACAUCUACGUCAAAGGGUGGCUGGUGGGACACGAGGAGAACAAGCAGAAGACGGAUGUCCACUACAGAUCCAUGGGAGGAGAAGGGAAUUUCAACUGGAGAUUCAUCUUUCCCUUCGAUUAUCUCCCGGCGGAGCAGAUGUGCCACGUGGCAAAGAAGGAACACUUCUGGAGCUUGGACAAGACGGAAAACAAGAUCCCACCCCAGCUGAUCCUCCAGAUCUGGGACAACGACAAGUUCUCCUUCGAUGACUAUUUGGGAUCCAUCCAGAUGGAUCUCAACAGGAUGCCCAAGCCUGCCAAGACGGCGGAAAAAUGUUCCUUGGAUCUUGUGGAUGAUUCCCUGUCCUCCGGCCGCUCCGUGUCCCUCUUUGAGCAAAAAACCGUCAAGGGCUGGUGGCCCUGUGUGGCCGAGCAGGACCAGCAGAAGAUCCUGGCGGGCAAACUGGAGAUGACUUUGGAAAUCGUGGCGGAACAGGAACACGAGGAGCGUCCGGCUGGGAUGGGACGGGAUGAGCCAAACAUGAACCCCAGGCUGGAGGAUCCCAAGCGUCCCGAGACCUCCUUCCUGUGGUUCACGUCCCCGUACAAGACCCUGAAGUUCAUCCUGUGGCGCCGCUACAAGUGGGUGCUGAUCCUGGCCAUCCUCCUCUUCAUCCUGCUGCUUUUCCUGGGAAUCUUCGUCUACGCCUUCCCGAACUACGCUGCUAUGAAACUGGUGAAACCUUUCAACUGAAGCUGUUCCUGUGCCUGCCUGGGAAUUUUGGGAAGGAAUUUUGCCUCUGGAAGUGGAGAAGGAACAACCUCAUCCAGGCCUCCAGCUGCUGCCAAAGACUCCGCUUCCCUUUGGAAUUCCACCUGGGAAGUGGAACCCAACCAAAGCCUCCACCAAAAUAUUCCUGAUUUUCCAGCCUUUCUCUGUUUUGUUUGAGUUUUCCUGCUGCUCUGGUUGGUAAAUCCCAAAUUCCAGUGGAAAUCCGAGGAGGGAGAGGGGAAAGGAUCUUUCCAUCCAUGAGUUGGGAAUGUGUGGAGGAUCCUCAGGGCAGGAUUUGGGAUCUGCCGGCCUGAGCAAAUCCCACGGAUUCUGAGCACUUCUUGCACUCUGAUCCAGCCUCAGUUUCCCUUUUCCCUGUAUUAUCCCAUUUCUAUAUUGUAAACCUACGGAAAAACGUGUUGGAAAACCGGAAUCCCUGGGAUGACACAUCGCAUUCCCAAAGCUGAAAUCACGGGAAUGGGAACGGCUGUGGUGCAAAACCUGGGAUUUGGAGUUGGUGCUCUGCGAAAUUGCAGUUUCCUUUGGAUUUUGAGGCCUUGGCAUUCCAUCAUGGAUUUCUGGAGUUGGUUUUCCCUUGGAACUGCUCCACAACCCCACAGGUCUCCCAUUCCAACUGGGAGAGGAAUCCCAGGAGCAGCUGGGCUUUGAUUUCCUCCUCUCCUGCUGUCUCUCUGCUGCUUUUUUUGGGAAUCCUUGGUCUUUUUAGUGUCAGUAUUUGCAGAAUCCCAGGAUCACUGAGGUUGGAAAAAACCUUUGGGAUCAUUGAGUCCGAGCUGUGCCCGAUGCCCGCCUUGGCACUGAGUGCCACAUCCAGGAAUUCCUUGGAAAUCUCCAGGGAUGG